AUGAUUAAAACAUUGAAUAUAUUUAUUAUUUACAUUUAUUAUACAAACUAUAUCAUCUUAUAUACAAAUGAAUCAUUUAUUACAAUUAAUGAUGGUCUAUUACGUAAUUUUUGUCAAGCUAAUGAAGUAUGCAUUAAAUUGAAUACCAUUAAUAAACAAUAUUUUUUAAUGGGUUUAAAUUACCUACAAUGGAUAAAUAAUCAAAAUUAUUCUAAUCAAAUAUAUUGGACAAGUAUAGUUUAUUUAUUACCAGAAAUCAUUACAACAAUAUCUAAUAUACAAAUGAUUUUACGUGAUGCAAAUCCUAAUUCAAAUGUAACAUUCAUAAUAGAUAAACAUUCAUUAUUAAGUCCAUCAGCUAUUUUACAAUUAUCUAAUAAAAAAUUACAAUCGAAUUUAUUAACAAUGAAAAAAAAUUAUUCAAUUAUAUGUGAAUUAUCAAUGGAAGGAAUUCAAUUUUCAAUAUCCAAAUUUAUAUUUCAACCAUUUAAUCAAUUAUUUAAUUUUAAUUAUUUAAAUAAAAUACCUAAAUUUGAUUCAUGUCAUAAUCAAUUAAGAGCGUCUGAUUUAAAUGAUUGUUUAUAUAAGUGUGCUAUCACGGAAGAAUGUCGAAUGAUUUACUAUUCUAAAGGAAAACAUGUUUGUGUUCAGAUGUUAUAUGUUUAUGCUUUAUUGCCAACAAUAUUUUCACGUUAUUCAAUUGCAUGGGAAAGUUAUGUCAAACAAAUUGUUUAA